AAUUAUCUUUUUAGCUUUUAUCGUCUUUUAUCUUUUUGCAAUCCUAAAUCUUGGUUUGAUCGACCGGCAAAGCUCCGGCGACUGCCUUUUAUCGUGAUAAGGGAACUUCACCCUUAUCAACUGGUGCUUUCAUUGUCGAACUCACUUUUCAUGUCGAAUCGUGCGACGGAAUCGAUCGUUGUGACGUCCGCCGGAGUAAUCCGCGAUCUGGAGCAGUUUUCGCCGGUGUGUGGAGCGCUGGAUUACACGUCGCUUGCGUUUGAGCACGUGUUGGCGUCGUUGGCGCGCUUGGAAGCUCGUUUCGAUGCGUUGGAGAGGCGGCAAGCCAUCGCUCAACCGCCGCCUAGACCCGAUCCGAAGCCGCCAUAUCUUGAUUGGUUGAGAAAGCGACUGGAUUCGGGGCGGAAUCGCCCAGUUUGGUCGACGGCAACGACGGCUACUUCACUGCCUCAAUUAGGGGUGAGCGAGGGUACUUCGACGCGUGGCCACCAGAUUGUUUCUCAGCAUGGCUCGUCUUCGUGGGACAGACACGUGCCACUGGGGUUUGCCGAGGGCCCAGCGCAGAUUGGACCGCAUCUCACUAAUCUGCCGGGUCAGCAAAUUUGGGAAAGACAGGGGCUGACCGGCGAUACUCAACGCAGCAGACCGAGGUCGGCGUGGGAUAACCCCAGCCACAUAUCGGACUAUCGUGCCGAUCGACACACGCCGGGUGGAGACUCUGAGUGGGACAGCCCAUGGGGCAGACGGGACGGCGGGGGUUAUUUCGACCAGCACCGUUAUGUUCAACCUCGUUCGGAGAAGCCACGUUAUGAGGAGAUGAAGCGCAGGGUCGCAGCAACGCACUCUUCUCUCCGGCCCGAACCUGAUUCACCCUCGCAGCCGCUGCCUCACCCUUACUCCGACAACGAAGACGACUCCGAAUCUGAAACGGAGUCUGAGUCCGACGCUCCGGCAGUCAGGCCACUCGCCGCGAAGCCAGUCGAAGAGACUCCGAAAUCAAACAGGAAGACCAAAUCCAAGCCCGCCGCGGAUCCCGUCACUCCGGGAAAAUCCACCGCCGCUUCGAAACGCCCCGCUGAGGACACGGCCAGUAAGGAUGCAAAGAAGCCGAAGAAGAGCCCUGCCGCCGAGCCGGAGACGGCGGAGAAAAAGUCGAAUAUGUUCCAGAGGCUGUGGAGCGAGGAGGACGAGAUCGUGAUUUUGGAAGGGAUGAUAGAGUGUCAGAACGAGUUCAAGGUCGAUCCGUUGGCGAAUCUGGUUGAUGAAGGGAGACGUUCAGCCGUUCGUUGUGCGUUUGAUCCCGGUGGAGACGUCUCUCAACAAUUUUUGGGGCUUUUAACUCUAGUCGUUGCUUCGUGGUUUCCACCUUGAGGACAAGGUGG